CGAGACACGCCUUUGCCAGAACAGCUGAUCAGAGCAAAACAAACCUCCACCGAAGGAGACCAUCAGCUGAAAGCAGGAUAAAAGAAGGAGAAAAAAAGAGAUAUAGACAAAAGAGAGAGAGAGAGAAGAAGAUAUAAAUAGUUCCGUUUAAAUAAGCGCAUUGGGGAUAAGAGUAACUUCGAGGAGACGAUAAUAAGAGAGCGUCGACGAGUGGAGUCUCUGGAACGUCUACUGCAGGAGGAACCACCAUGACUGAGCCAGCACCUACGUCCUCUGCCUCGCCUUCCGUGGCUGAGAAGAGGUGCGAGGACACGGUGGAGGAGGAGGAAAUUGCCAUAAAGAAAAGGAGACUCGAGUCCUGCGACAGAGAUGACCCCGAGAAUAAAUUAGAAGCGCGUCUGGGAGGCAUUUUGUGUUGCGCUGUGUGCUUGGACCUCCCUCGAUCGGCCGUCUACCAGUGUUCAAAUGGACAUCUCAUGUGUGCGGGAUGCUUCACCCAUCUCCUUGCUGAUGCCCGUAUUCGGGAUGAGACAGCCACUUGCCCCAAUUGUCGAGUGGAAAUAUCACGAUCGCUCGCCACCAGGAAUUUGGCGGUAGAAAAGGCCGUGUCAGAGCUACCUGCAGAAUGUCAGUUUUGCAGUCAGAAGUACCCUCGCAACUCUCUGGACCGCCACGAGAUGGAACUGUGCGAAGAAAGACCCGUUCACUGCCGAUACAAUGUGUUGGGCUGUGGAUGGAGGGGACCCCAUCAUGAUGUCAGCAGUCAUGAGCAGCAGUGUCAGCACCGCAAGUUAUUUUCUUUAUAGGUGUUUUCACAUCUCCAGAAGCAAGCAGAAACUGCCGAGGAGGAUUCAAAGACUUUCAAUCAGAUCAUGUCUGUCCUCUCCUUUGAAAAGAUUACUUUCAAUGACCUGCAGCUGAAACCCUACCGCACCGACGAGUUCAUCCACAAGCUGUUCUAUGAAACGAGCCGAUUCUCUGCUUUGGGCUACCACAUGGGUGGAUCAAGCCAGACUCUAUGA